GCGCGCCGCGUCCGGGCGGAUCCGGCGGAAGCUCCGGGAAGGUUCCGGGGCCGCGAUGGCUCCGGACCCCUGGCUGCCGCUGCUCGCCGCCGCUCGCCAGCUCGCCCAGGACAUCGCCGAGAAGAUCCAGGAGCGGAACCGCUGCCAGCGGAGCGGGGAGAGCUCGGCCAAGGUCAAUGUGGCCAUCAGAUCCUCGCUGCAGAGUCUCAGGGAGAAGAUCGAGGAGCUGCGGGAGCUGCUGCUGCGGGCGGUGGCGGUGCGCCAGAUCACGCAGCUGGAGGGAGACAGGAGGCAGAAUUUGGUGGACGACCUCCUCACACGGCACAAACAGCUCGAGGCAUCCUACAGGAGCGAAGGCCCGGAGCCAGACAUGACCAGAUCCAGCCUCAUGGCAGGAGGGGUCAAACGAGGCGUCACCAACCCCUGGCUCUUGGAGGAAUCGGAGGAGACCAGAGGACUCGGCUUUGAUGACCUCAGGCAGCAGCAGAGAAGGAUCAUCGAAGAACAAGAUGCUGGACUCGAUGCUCUUUCUUCAAUCAUAUCCCGGCAAAAACAAAUGGGGCAGGAAAUUGGGAAUGAGCUGGAUGAGCAGAACGAGAUCAUCGACGACCUCACGAACCUGGUGGAGAACACGGACGACCGGCUGCGUACCCAGACACGGCACGUGAAGAUGGUGGACAAGAAAUCAACGUCCUGCGGGAUGCUGGUGGUGAUCGUGCUGCUGCUCAUCGCCAUCGCCGUGGUUGCGCUCUGGCCGACGCAUUAACCCGGAUCCCGCCAGAGCAGCUGCUCCGUGGGGAGCACCAGGGCUCCAGGGAGGGCCCCCCUGCCUGCAGGGACCUUCUGUGCUGGGAAUCAACUCCACAGCUGGGAAUCAACUCCACAGCAGCAGACUGAAGCAGCAUCCGCCAGACAUCCGCUCUCCUUGGAGUGCAGCUGAGGAGCUCUGUGGGAUCUGGAGGAUUUCAGCGGGAAAAGGGGAUUUCAUCCCACCCUUCCCACCUUCCUCUGGCACUCAGGCAGCUGCAGCUGUAGGAUGGACUCAUCUCUCCUGCAUCUGCAUCUGAGGACACGCUGGUGCUGCUGCCCUGCCCGCUUUGCUGAGCUCAGACCUCCCAGGGGCCUCAAACACCGAAAUCCAGGAGUGCUUUGGAGAACAGCAACAUUCCCCUGCUUCAGCAUCCCUCCUUCAGAGAGAAAAUGCUCCAGGGUUUUCAAGGAACAGUCUUGGGGAAUGACUGCAUCUGGAUUCUCACAGGAUGGGAAGCGACAGCCCUGCAGGACCCCCAUGGGCUGCACAGAAUCGCUGGUGACUGGGUCAGAGCUCAGCCCUUGGGGGGAGGUAUUGGUGAGUUAUUGAUCUCCAGGGAUGGAGUUACUGCUGAGUUAUUGAUCUCCAGGGAUGGAGUUACUGCUGAGUUUCUGAUCUCCAGGGAUGGGAGUUACACAGCAGCAGGGCUCAGCCCAGCCUGUGAGGGUGCCGAGCUUUGCCCUCGUGUGCUGCCCAGGGGCUCUGCCAGCCUGGCCUCGGGAGAUGCCCCAGAAUUAACGUCCUAACUGAGCUCUGCCUCUUCCUUUGACAACUUCUCACACACUUCUGCAGCUGAGGGGAAGGAUUACCUAUUUCAAAACAAAUGGAAAAGAAGUAUUAAAUGUUUGCUUCUGGCCAAGAGAAUAAUUAUUUUGUUACACAUGCCAGUUUGAUUUCAGGAUUAAUAGAGCAAGCAAUAAAUACUGAUUAAAUCCAUUUAUAUACAGUU